ACCGCGCAGUUGUACAUAGUCCUGUAGGUGCUGUUUGCACCACUAUUAAGCAAGGGAGUGUGUGUGUGUGUGUCUGUGUGCUGUGCUUGGGGUGGUGCUACACAGUUAACACGUGAAAUCCGACUUUAAAAGCAGCAGCUGUGAAACUGACGGGUCUGGUCAAUUUCACGCGAACUAGAACAUUCCAAAAGCAGCGAUUUCUGCUCCUGUCUGUUUCAGCUGUAGAUCACAAGCACGCCACCAGCGUGAGAGAGAGACAGUCAAGAGAGUAUAAGAGAAGACACACACACACACACACACACAUGAACACGAUGGACUUCUCUCUGCGCUCCUUCGCUCUUCUCCUCGCCCUUUCUGCGGUGAUCGCUUCCUUUAACGACCAGAGCCCGGUCACCGACGGAUACUGCAAUCGUAUCGUGAGGUCUCAGGGCAGCCGGAGGGACGGGAACACCGGAUUCAGCCUCCAGAUCGAAGGGAAUCCCGAGUUCUACACCCCAGGCAGCACAUACCGGGUCACCCUCUCGGCCACAGUUCCGUCCUAUUUCCGUGGAUUCACGCUGAUAGCCCUCAGGGACGGGGAGGACGGCGACAGGGAAGAGGAAUAUGCUGGUAACUUUCAGAUAAUUGAUCAUGAGGACACUCAGUUUAUGACGAACUGCCCGUAUGCUGUCACGGAGACCACUCCCAGGAGACGGACACGCAUCCAAGUCUUUUGGACAGCACCUGCGGCUGAUACAGGCUGUGUCAUAUUGAAAGCCAGUAUUGUGCAAAAACGGAUAAUCUGGUUCCAGGAUGAUGGAGCACUUACGAAGAGACUAUGUGAGAAAGUACUGGGUGAAGAAUAUGCCACAGAAAAGCCUAUUCAAGACUGUUGUGCCUGUGGAACUGCAAAAUAUAGGUUAACAUUCUAUGGAAAUUGGUCAGAGAAGACCCAUCCAAAAGAUUAUCCAAAAUUUGCAACGCACUGGUCUGCUAUCAUUGGAGCAUCUCAUUCUAAGUCUUACAGGCUCUGGGAGUAUGGGGGAUUUGCCAGCGAUGGAGUAAAACAAGUCGCUGAGUGGGGCUCCCCUGUGAAAAUGGAAGAGGAAAUCCGGCAGAAGGGUGAGAGUGUUUUGACUGUCAUCAAGGCGAAGGCUCAGUGGCCUGCUUGGCAACCUCUGAACGUCCGGGCAGCUCCAUCUGCAGAGUUCUCUGUUGACCAUACACGACAUCUGAUGUCCUUCCUGACAAUGUUGGGUCCCAGUCCAGAUUGGAAUGUGGGGCUGUCGGCGGAGGAUCUCUGCACCAAGGAUUGCGGGUGGGUGCAGAAGGUUAUUCAGGACUUAAUUCCCUGGGAUGCUGGAACUGACAGCGGAGUGACUUAUCUGGCCCCAAACCAACGGACAGAGCCUCAAGAAAGAAUUAGACCACUAACUAGCCUGGAUCAUCCAAAAAGCCCCUUCUAUGAUCCUGAAGGGGGUCCAAUUGUUCCUGUGGCCAGAGUUGUGAUUGAAAGAAUUGCAAGAAAGGGGGAGCAGUGCAAUAUUCAGCCUGAUAAUGUAGAUGAUAUCGUGGCCGAUCUUAACCAAGAGGAGAAGGAGAUGGAUGAAGAUGACACUCCAGAAACUUGUAUCUACUCAAAUUGGUCUCAGUGGUCAGCCUGCAGCUCCUCCACUUGUGAGAAGGGGAAACGGAUGAGGCAAAGAAUGCUCAAAGCACAACUGGAUCUAAGUGUGCCUUGUCCACAUACUCAAGAUUUUGAGCCUUGCAUGGGGCCAGGUUGCCGUGAUGAUGAUGCGUCGACUUGCAUGAUGUCGGAGUGGAUCAGCUGGUCCCCUUGCAGCCUCUCCUGUGGAAUGGGAAUGAGAUCACGGGAAAGAUAUAUUAAGCAAUACCCCGAGGAUGGCUCCCUCUGCACACUGCCCACUGAAGAGACAGAGAAAUGCAUUGUCAAUGAGGAAUGCGCAUCAGAUACCUGCUUUGUGACAGAGUGGGGAGAAUGGGAGGAGUGCAGUGCGAGUUGUGGGAUGGGCACCAAAAGGAGGCAGCGAAUGGUCAAGAUGCAUCCAUCAGACGGAUCCACGUGCAAAGUGGAAACGGUACAAAUGGACAAAUGUGGGAUGCCAGACUGUCAGACGAUUCCCUGUAUGCUGACUCCCUGGUCAGACUGGAGCGACUGCAGCGUUACGUGUGGGAUUGGCAUGAGGUCACGGUGGAGGAUGCUGAAAUCCCCAGCCGAGGUGGGGGAAUGCAAUGAGGAGUUGGAGCAGGUGGAGAAGUGCAUGCUACCAGAAUGUCCCACUGACUGCAUGGUUUCUGAAUGGUCAGAAUGGUCAGAGUGCAAUAAGUCUUGCGGGAAAGGGCAUGUGAUCAGAACCAGGAUGAUCAAACUGGAGCCGCAGUUUGGGGGAGCACAGUGCCCCGAGACCGUCCAACGGAAAAAGUGCAAAGUGCGGAGGUGUUCAAGGAGGCUAAGUGAUGAAAAGAGACGUCGCAAGGAAGCUCCAGAAAGGCAAAGGAAUAAACAGAUGAGGAGUGAUCCUGAAAUUCUGGAACAUACAGGAUGCAAGAUGAGACCGUGGACAGCAUGGACUGAUUGCAGCAAGUUCUGCGGGGGAGGCAUUCAGGAACGGUUCAUGGUCGUUAAGAGAAAAUAUCGUACCUCCCAGAUCACCAGCUGUAAGGACAUGAAAGAAAUCCGUGCAUGCAGCGUUCAUCCAUGUUAGGAAGUGAAGCAGACUGCCCUCACCACGAAUAGGUGGACUGCUUUUUUUUUUAAAAAAGUGAUUGAGAAACUCUUUGGCUCUUUCAGACACAGAACCUUUCUGUAUCCCUAACAUUUAUAAAUGUUACAAUGUCACUGUACACACACACACACACACACACACACACACACAACCCUACAUAGACACUAGCACGCAAGGCGAUUAAAAAGCAAUUUGAACUGUUUAACCUGUGGUUAUGUUUUCUUCCUAAAUUUUUUAUGCACUGGUGUGCAGUGUUUCUUUUUUUCCUGAAUUUUAAAACCUUUGCUGUUGUAGCUUUUGGUUGUGAGAAAUGAUUUUUUUUUAAAAUUAAAAAUGGCCCAUUUAUUAUAUGAGAUUUAGAUGCCUUAUCAAAGGAACAUUUGCUGUUGCUCUUUAGUGGUAAGGAGAAGCAUAAAAAAUUAACGAAACUUAACACUUAAUUUUUUUUAUUUUGUCUAUUGUCACAUUUUGUGGUAUCUUUACUGCUGCCCUAGGUGACAGUGUCAGAAAAGUGUAUUCGACCAAAGUCUUUGUGCGAAUUUUCAGAAGUUCUUCGAUGUUGUUUUUUUCUCUUUGAUGAAAUAUUAAUCAGUACACUGAGAGUGUGAGUGAAUGCGAGUGCGAAUGAGGUCAAAUAGUACAAGGCACGCUAAGCCUAUUUUACUGUUUGUAAAAAAAAAGAAAAAAUGAAAAAUAUAUAAUUUUGAUGAUGUAUUAACUUGUCCAGUUACCAUGUUUGACAAUAAAACAAAAUGGCAAUAACA